CAUGAGCAGUCUUGAUCACUUCACAACACACACACACACAGGCAUACGCUGUUCAUGGAAUGGACACAGUAGACGUCACAUGACGGGACUGCACAUCGCAUGCAGGCAUGUCUGCCCUCUCUCUCUCUCUCUCUCUCUCUCUCUCCUGCUCAAAAACGACGACGGCACUAUCUGCCCUCGUUCUCCUGCCGCCACACCUUGCCCCCCAGCUGAUCCCCCAGCACUCUCAUCACGACAGUGCGCGUCUGGGCGUGGGGGGACGGCUCGGUCGUGGAGAUAUCAACAUGACGUCCACUCCCCCAAUCGAUGGGCCAAUGCUCCGUCAGUCGAAUGACUGCCAUGUGCCCCUCGCCCAUCGCCUCACUCCCAAACACCACCAGCUGGCAAUGCCAUCCACUCUCCUUCUUUUCGUCGAAUACCGUCGCCCCCCACUGUGCCGCAUCGCUGAGAGGGGCCGCUAGCAGCUUACCCAAACGGAGGUACUCAGCAGAAGCACGACAGUAAGGCCACCAGGAUCUGAUGCGAUUGAUGUGGCGGCCGCAAAGAAGCCAGCGGAACAGCUCGAAGGCCACCAUGGACGUGUAGUCGGGGUACGUCCAUUGGUGCCGUUUUGUGUGUGGGUCGGCGGGGUCGAAUGGUGCAUGAGGGAAGAGCGGGCUGGCAGAGGCGAGGAGAGUGGGAAGGUAGUAGAUCGUGUUGAGGUAAAUCAUGCCGUUGCCGUCCAUCAGGGGUCUCUGUUGGUAACCAACAGUGACCCCCCCGCUGAGUAUCUUCCACUGGCGUACCGCCUCCGUCUCACUCAUGAAGGCCGCCCGGCUGCCGAAGACGCCGAAGUUGUCAUCCCCCAGCACCAGUGACCUCUUGCCUCUCAGCAGAUACAGCAUCUCCAGCACAGGUUUCCAUCUGGCCCACUUGCCGCAACUCUCCAUCAUCCACAGCCGCCGGCUGAGCUGUUCGAUGAGUGCCGUGAUGCAGCAGCCGUGGCUGAGUGCCUCAGGGAGCGGCAGCUGGGGGAUGACCCACACGACGAGAGAACCGAGGCCGACAGCGGAGGGCAGGAAGAUCAAAAGACGCUGCAUGAUGGGCAGCAGGGCGGUGGGGGCGGUGAGGGCGCCAUGGCGGCCCUUGUCGAUGAGGCGGAAGGCACAUACGUCGGCAUAGCUGCUGAGGCACUCAGCGAUGGCCGGCGUCACUUCAGCAGGGAGGGCGGCGAACGGAACGCCCUCUCGCUGACCGCCAC